GGGGUCUAUAUGGAGAGAUUAACUUGAGAACUAGUGUACGUAGUGUUCUAUUUUCAUGGUCACAGAUACCGUACUUAGGGACAACAUUGACACCAAGAUAUUUAUACAAGCCUUUGAUUUGUUCAGCAGGCAGGAGUUAUCAACAACUUUGUUAGGAGAAUAGUUUCUAAAGGAAAAUUUGACAGCAGAAUGUCAUUGGCUGGUGAUGACCUCGUGAUCAGGAAAGCACGCGCCCAAGACUAUGAUGCAAUCGUCAGAAACGGAGACGUCUACGGGGGCAAAGAUUACCUGCCUGCAUUGUACCCGCGCGCCGUCACUGACCCGGAUUUUUACCCGAUCGUGGCGGAGGUCAAAGGUGAAAUCGUUGGCUUCAUGAUGGAGCGCUUGAUAGAUGGGGGCCUGUCAAUAAUUACUAUGGCGGGUCGCACAGUUCCGGCCUACAGAAACAAAGGCGUAAUGCACAAGAUGGGACUGGAGCUGUUGAAAGACAGACCAGGACGUUGUCCAGCCAUCCAAUACUUGUACUCUGCAGUCAGAGACAAAGUGGCGGGAAGAGCAGCAGACGAUCUACGUCUCGACGGUUACGUGGAAAUACUGAGGAAGCCCAUCACAAGCUGGGUUUACCAUCUCAAAGAUUUGUGCAGCAUCAACUCUACUGCCACUGAAGGACUUCCUCCUGUGAUCACCUUGGAAUACGAAGACUUAAAAGCCUUGUUUGCCAUGCAAGACAUUGUAGAGCGUCUCUUCCCUAUAAAGCGGCUAUUCAAUAACUACAUCGGUUACAGAUGCCUGGAGUGCAACAUCAGACAUCUUCUUGACCUCAAUAAGGAAGUUUGCAUAACUACAAAGUUAAGUUCCUGGGCUCCGGAAACCAAAGGGUCAACUUUACUAACGCCAGAAUUCACAAACCCAGAACCCGAUAAAUCAGAAAAAAAUGUCUCGAUUGCUGAAACCAACAUCGCCGCCAAUAAAUCUUCUGGCGAAACUUCAGGCACAAAAAUGUCUGCCCUGAGAGGUAUCGACGUGGUGACAUUCUCGGAGUGGUUCAUGGCGGAAGCAGGUCUGGUGUACGUUGUCGACGUUUACGCCAUAGAUGGUCACAGCGAGGCGUCUCUUCAGGCACACAUCGCAAGACACCUGCGCCAUUUGCUGCAGCUGAAUCUGUGUGACCAGGGCGUCUUCGUGGUCUCUUUAACCAACAAUGUGUCAGAGGAGAAGGUCCGAACACUGCUCAAACACCACGGCAUUGUAGAGCCUUUACCGGAAACAGAGAAAUGGAAGGCUUUACAUGAAAAAAAGUUGGAAACUUGGAGUGACUCGAAAUUAUAAUGUAAAUGUGAACACUUAACGGUGUAUUGAAGUAAAAAUGAAAUGUUAUUCUAAAAGUCAAAGAACAGAAACAAAAAGA